AUGGAGCUAUUGACAUUCAAGGAUGUGGCCGUGGAAUUCACCAAAGAGGAGUGGCUGCAGAUGACCCCAUCUCAGAAAAAGUUGUACAGAGAUGUGAUGCUGGAGAACUAUAGGAACUUGGAGUCUUUGGGAUUUGCAGUUUCCAAACCAGAUGUGAUCUACCAUUUGGAAAGAAAGGAAGCAUCUUGGAUGCCAGAGGCAGAUAUUCCCAGAAGCAGCUGUCCAUGGAGCAGAGAAUUUACUGGCGAUAAACAUCCAGAAGAUAAUGAAUGUGGGAAGGACUUCAAAGAUAAGACAUCUUUGUUAAAGCAUAAGAGAUUUCCUAUGGGAGAAAAUCCGUAUGAAUGCAGUGAAUGUGGGAAGGCCUGCAGGGGUAAGACUCAGCUUACAGAGCAUUACAGAAAUCAUACUGGAGAGAAACCUUAUGAAUGUAGUGAAUGUGGGAAGGCCUUCAGAUAUAAGACUGGACUUACAAUGCAUCACAGAAUUCAUACUGGAGAAAAAGCUUAUGAAUGUAGUGAAUGUGGGAAGGCCUGCAGGGAUAAGACUCGACUUACAGUGCAUCGUAGAAUUCAUACUGGAGAGAAACCUUAUAAAUGUAGUGAAUGUGGAAAGACUUUCAGGAUUAAAAUACACCUUACAGUGCAUCACAGAAUUCAUAGUGGAGAGAAACCUUAUGAAUGUAGCGAAUGCGGAAAGGCCUUCAGAUAUAAAAGGGAACUUACGGUGCAUCAUAGAAUUCACACUGGAGAAAAACCUUAUGAAUGUAGUGAAUGUGGGAAGGCCCUCAGGGGUAAGAGAGAACUUACAGUGCAUCAGAGAAUUCAUACUGGAGAGAAACCUUAUGAAUGUAGUGAGUGUGGAAAGGCCUUCAGAUACAGGAUUCAACUUACAGAGCAUCACAGAAUUCAUACUGGAGAGAAACCUUAUGAAUGCAGUGAAUGUGGAAAAGCCUUCAGAUAUAACACACUUUUUAAAAAGCAUCACAGAAUUCAUAGUGGAGAGAAACCUUAUGUAUGUAAUGAAUGUGGCAAGGCUUUCAGAGACAAGACACAAUUUACAGUGCAUCACAGAAUUCAUAGUGGAGAGAAACCUUAUGAAUGUAGUGAAUGUGGGAAGGCCUUCAGUACCAAGAAGUCCCUUGCUCUGCAUCAGAGAAUUCAUACUGGAGAGAAACCUUAUGAAUGCAGCGAAUGUGGGAAGGCCUGCAGGGAUAAGACUCGACUUACAGAGCAUUACAGAAUUCAUACUGGAGAGAGACCUUAUGAAUGUAAUGAAUGUGGGAAGGCCUUCAGGAGUAAGUCACACCUUACUGUACAUCAGAGAAUUCAUUCAGGAAAGAAACCUUAA